AUGAAAGCAAUAGAUAAAAUGACGGAUAAUCCACCACAAGAAGGCUUAAGUGGGAGGAAAAUAAUAUAUGACGAAGAUGGCAAACCUUGCCGAUCAUGUAACACCCUACUUGACUUUCAGUACGUGACCGGGAAGAUAUCUAAUGGCCUGAAGAACCUCUCAUCUAACGGUAAACUAGCAGGUACGGGGGCUCUCACUGGCGAAGCUUCAGAGUUGAUGCCUGGCUCAAGAACAUACAGGAAGGUUGACCCUCCUGACGUAGAGCAACUAGGUAGAUCUUCAUGGACGCUGUUACACUCUGUAGCUGCCAGCUAUCCUGCUCAACCUACAGACCAACAGAAGGGUGAAAUGAAACAGUUCUUGAAUAUCUUCUCACAUAUUUAUCCUUGCAACUGGUGUGCUAAAGACUUUGAAAAAUAUAUCAGAGAAAAUGCACCACAAGUUGAGUCAAGAGAAGAACUUGGGAGGUGGAUGUGUGAAGCCCACAAUAAAGUCAAUAAGAAAUUGAGGAAGCCCAAAUUUGACUGUAAUUUCUGGGAAAAAAGAUGGAAGGACGGCUGGGACGAAUAA